AUGGCGUGGCCGUGCAUCACGCGAGCCUGCUGCAUCGCCCGCUUCUGGAACCAGCUGGACAAGGCGGAUAUCGCCGUGCCGCUGGUUUUCACCAAGUACUCGGAGGCCACCGAGCACCCGGGUGCCCCGCCGUCGCACCAGCAGCCGGCGCCCGCGCCCCCCUCGGCGCGCACGGUCGCCAUAGAAACACAGCCGGCCCAGGGCGACGGGGAUGCGGUUGCCCGGGCAACAGGGCUGGCGCCGGGGCCUAGCGGAGAACGAGAGGCUGGGGCCUCCUCUGGCCGGAGCGGACCGGGCCCAACCUCUGGCUCCGGCUCCACCUCCAGCGCGGGUCCCGCGGACUCGGUGAUGCGGCAGGACUACCGCGCCUGGAAGGUGCAGCGGCCUGAGCCGAGCUGCCGGCCGCGGAGCGAAUACCAGCCUUCGGACGCGCCCUUUGAGCGCGAGACCCAGUACCAGAAGGACUUCCGCGCCUGGCCGCUGCCGCGCCGCGGGGACCACCCGUGGAUUCCCAAGCCCGUGCAGAUCGCCACUUCUUCCCAGGCGGCAGUGCCUGCGCUCCGUGCCCCCCAGCGCCGACCUCAGAGCCAGGAGCGCUGGCCUGUGCAGGCCGCCGAGGCCUCGGAGCAGGAGGCGGCCCCUGGCGGAGCAGGUGUCCUUGCGGCUGGAAAAGCGUCCGGUGCAGAUGAGCGCGACACUCGCAAGAAGCCCGGGCCGGCCUGGAUGGUGCGGCGCGCCGAGGCGCUGGGGCAGGAGCAGACGCCGCUGCCCGCGGCUCAGGACCAAGUCCAGGCCACUGGCCCCGAGGCGGGCAGAGGGCGUGCGGCGGCCGACGCGCUCAACAGGCAAAUCCGCGAGGAGGUGGCGAGUGCAGUGAGCAGCUCCUACAGGAAUGAAUUCAGAGCAUGGACGGACAUCAAGCCUGUGAAACCCAUAAAAGCUAAGCCUCAGUACAAGCCUCCAGAUGAUAAGAUGGCUCAUGAGACCAGCUACAGUGCCCAGUUCAAAGGGGAGGCCAAUAAGCCAACCCCAGCUGACAAUAAGGUCAUUGAUCGCAGAAGAAUACGCAGCCUCUAUAGCGAGCCCUUCAAGGAACCUCCAAAGGUGGAGAAACCUAGUCUCCAGAGCUCCAAACCAAAAAAGACCUCAGUGAGCCAUAAGCCCCCGAGGAAGGCCAAAGACAAGCAGGGGGCGACGGGCCGGGCGUCCAAGAAGAAGAGCGUGGAGGGUGCGCGCACCGCCCCGCCCGCCGCCGACAAGGAGCAGAGCGCAGAGAUGAACAAUAAGCUGGCUGAGGCUAAAGAGAGCCAGGUCGAACCCACCAGGGAUUCACCUAAGAAUCAAGGUCCUGUAGCCACAGAGCCAGACAAGGAUCAAGGUCCAGUGGGCCCAGGGCCUCUGAAAGAUCAAGGUCCUGGGAUCCAAGAGCCUUCAAAGGGUCAAGGCCCCACAGCCCCAGAGCCUCUGAAGGAUCAAGCUCCUGUGGUCCCGGGGCCUCUGAAGGAUCUCGGUCCCAUAGUCCCUGCAUCACUUAAGGAUCAAGAUCGCACAGUCCCUGAGCCUUUAAAGAAAGAAGGUUCUGUGAUCCCAGCACCAGUCAAGGACCAAGAUUCCUUGGACCCCAUGCCUCUAAAGAAUCAAAGUCCUAUGGUUCCAGCAAGAGUUGAAGAUGAAGGUUCUGUGGUACCAGAGCUUCUGAAGGAUCAAGGCCCCACGGCCUCUGCACCUGUCAAGGACCAAGGUCCCAUGGUCCCAGCACCUGUCAAGGACCAAGGUCCCAUGGUCCCUGAACCUGUGGAUCAAGGCCCCAUGGUCCCAGUACCUGUGGAUCAAGGCCCCAUGGUCCCAGCACCUGUCAAGGACAAAGGUCCCAUGGUCCCAGCACCUGUCAAGGACCAAGGCCCCAUGGUCCCAGCACCUAUCAAGGACCAAGGUCCCAUGGUCCCUGAACCUGUGGAUCAAGGCCCCAUGGUCCCAGCACCUGUCAAGGACCAAGGCCCCAUGGUCCCAGCACCUGUCAAGGACCAAGGCCCCAUGGUCCUAGCACCUGUCAAGGAACAAGGCCCCAUGGUCCUAGCACCUGUCAAGGAACAAGGCCCCAUGGUCCCUGAGCCUGUGGAUCAAGGGCCCAUGGUCCCAGCACCUGUCAAAGACCAAGGUCCCAUGGUCCCUGAGCCUGAUCAUGAUUCUGUGAUUGCAGCGCCUGUCAAGGAUCAAGGCCCCGUGGUCCUGGAGCCUGUCAAGAGUCAAGUUCCUAUAAUCCCGGUGCCUCUGAAAGAUCAAGAUCCUCAGGUGCCACCACCAGCAAAGGAUCAAGGUCCUAUGGUUCCUAAGCCUCUGAAGACUCAAGGUCUCAGGAGCCCUCAGCUGCCCACGGUCUCACCACCACCCCCAGUCAUGAUCCCAACUGUCCCCCAUGCAGAAUAUGUCGAUGGUUCCCCUUGA